AUGUCAGACCCGCUCCUCUUCGAAGACACCUUCGCGAUUACGGCGAUCAACGCCCAAAAAUACGACCGCGUCUCGCGUCUAACUUGCAACUCGACUGAUGCCUCUAUCACUUUUACUCUGGAUGUGAACUCGGAGCUCUACCCAUGCGCCGUGGGUGAGUCGCUGUCCCUGGCGCUGGCCUCGACUCUGUCCCUCGACGGCAAGGAAGACACCCGCGCCAGCUGGAGAGAAGUCAGCAUGGGUGAGCAGACGCUGGCAAAUGACUACGACUAUGUCUGCCACGGCAAGGUGUAUCGGUUUGAGGAGGGCGCCACCAAGGAUACAAUGGCCGUCUUUGUUUCCUUCGGUGGAUUGCUACUCUACCUCGAAGGCCCGUACAAGAAGCUCGCCCCGCUGCGCAUCGAUCAUGUGUACCUGCUUCUCAAGAAAUAG